AGGACCAAGAGAGAAGAAGGGGAAGUGUGUGUACCUAUUGUAGAAAAGAGAAGUGGCAUUAAAAAGCGCGUUGUUAAGGUUAAGUCCGUAAUAAAUAAUCUAAAACUUUUUUUGUUCUACUUAAACGUGAAACUCAAAACUUCAUCAUUGCGCCUACACUAUCGUCCCCAUCAUCCGAAAUGAGUGACGAUGACAGGGACAUCGACAUAGAAAGCGAUGAUGGAGAUGACGAUCCUAGGAAUAGGCUCUCGAAUAAUCAACAGUUCUCUUCACAGGCUGAAAAGAGAGCUCAUCACAAUGCACUCGAGAGAAGACGGAGAGACCACAUCAAAGAUAGUUUUUCCAGUUUGAGAGAUGCUGUACCCUUGCUGAGCAAUGAGAAGGCUGUGAGCAGGGCUCAGAUACUCAAAAAGGCAGCUGAGUACAUUCAGACCAUGAAGCGCAGAAAUAACUCUCACCAGUCUGAUAUUGAAAACAUGAAGAAACAAAAUGCUAGACUGGAGCAACAGAUACUUGCUUUAGAAAGAGCUAAAGUUAGUGGUCAAAUUGGUUUAGAGGCACUCAAUGCUUGCAAACCUGAUGGCGAUAUCAACUAUUCCAAUGACUCUGACACAGAAUCAACGGACAGUGAGUCUCACAGACCAGUUCGGCAUCCAAAAAAAUUCAAAGUUGCAAGCAUGAAUCAUUGACUCAUGUAAAAAUCUCACUUAAAUUCUAAUUAAUAUUUCUCAUUUUCAAUUUUAAUAUAAUCAUCGAUUUGUUAUAAGUAAUAUGUAUAU